CACAGGCAUUGUUUGUUCUUGUCCAGAACUGAUGCCUUUACAUUUCAUCUUUUAUUUCUCAGCUGCCUUGGGCCUUUCUCUGAGAGCAACGUGGGCUCUGCACUAACGGAUGUGUGACCUUAUGGAUGUGGAAGACCAGGUAUCGUAAAGCACAGUCCUGAUAUCUCACAGCUGCAGGAAUGGAUAACCAAAGAGUGAUCUACGCUGAUAUAAAUCAGGUUCAAACCCCAAAGAAGCAGCAAAGGAAACCUAAGUGCACUAAAAGCCCCGUUUCAGAAUGUGAACAAGAAAUAACCUAUGUGGAAUUAAACCUUCAAAGAGCAGCUCAGGAUUUUCAAGGGGAUGGCAAAGCUUACCACUGCAAAGGUUUACCAUUCCCUCCAGAGAAGCUCAUUGCUGGGAUCCUGGGAAUCAUCUCUUUUGUCUUGCUGUUGUUCAUUGUGGUAAACAGACUUGUCAUUCCCUCUACAAUAGCCCAGAGGCAGAGCAAUUCUUCGGAGACUGUAGGAACUCAGAAAGCAUAUCAGUGUGGUCAUUGUCCAGAGGAGUGGUUCACAUAUUCCAGCAAUUGUUAUUACACUGGUAAGGAAUUAAAAACUUGGAAUGAGAGUUCGAUGGCCUGUGCUUCUAAGAACUCCACUCUGCUUUAUGUAGAUGAUGAAGAAGAAAUGAAAUUUCUGGACUCCCUGUCACUUUGGUCAUGGAUUGGAGUCUUUCGUCAGAGUAGUGGUCAUCCGUGGGUGUCAAUCAAUGGCUCAACUUUCAUACUGAAAAUAGUUGGAAAAAACCCUGGUAAACGUAACUGUGCUGAGUUACAUUCACGUAGACUUCGAUCAGACGGAUGUGGAACUUCAAAAUUUUAUGUCUGUAAGCACAAGCUUUAGAAGGAAAGCACCUGAGUUUGGAUUUGCUGUACAAUUUUAUAUUUUGUGAAAUGGAAAUAAUAUAGUUAUUGAAUAAUUCAACAUGAAUUAUUUGUUUAUAAAUGAAAAGAUUAAAAAAUAUUUGCAGUAUAAUACACACACCACGAAGAACAGGAUAUCAUCUCCUUUGUGUCUGGCUCUUUUGCUAAACAUUGCGUGUGUGGAAUGUCACCUUGUUAAAGUUGCAUGUUAUGAGCGUCUGUUUAUGUGAAAUAGCAAGACUAGGAAAACCCAUAGAGAAAGUGAAAUAGUGGUUG